CUGGAGGCCCCGCCCGGCGCUUCCGCCCGCCCCGCACCGUGCGCGAGCCGCGGAAUGCAAACGGGGCGAAGGGAGGGAUCGCUGCGCGCCGUGCCCGCGUCAGCCCCGCCGGACCUGCUCCGCCUCGGGCCGCCAUGCAGGGCUCGCUGCGCCAGUGGCGCCGGGCCGCCACGCUGAUGCUGGCCGCGGGCCGUGGCCCCCCGAGCCUGGCCGCCGCGGCCGAGGACUACGAGGUGCUGCUGCUGCAGCGCACUCAGAACAGCAGCUUCUUGCCCGGCGCCCACGUCUUCCCGGGCGGCGUCCUGGAGGCCGCGGACUGUUCGACGGACUGGCUCUCCGUCUUCCAGCCCCACCACGGGCCGCCGCGCUUUGGCCUGCCCCUCGCCGGGCCCAGGGAAACCUACCCCGAGGUGGCCUUAGCGCCCUGGCCUGGUUGUCACUCGCUCAUCCCUGAGGACGUGGCCUUUCGCAUCUGCGCCAUCCGGGAAACCUUCGAGGAAUCGGGCAUCCUCCUGCUGCUCCCCUCCGGCGCCCAGGCCCCGCACCUGGCCCGGGCGCAUGCGCCGCCCGAAGACCUGGCGGCCUGGAGGGCCAGGGUCCAGGAAGACCCUGGCCAGUUUCUCCAGCUGUGCCAGCGCCUCGGCUGCGCACCCAAUAUCUGGGCUCUGCAAGAGUGGAGUAACUGGCUCACGCCGUUUGUGAGGAAAGGAGGGAGGCGCUUCGACACGAGGUUCUAUGUCUGCUGUCUGCAGAGCAAACCCCAGACCUUCCUGGACAUGCAAGAAGCGAUUAAAUUCGAGUGGAUAACUCCAACAGAAGCAAUAAAAAAUUUUUCAUGUGAAGGAAUAUGGUUGGCACCGCCUCAGUUCUAUGAGAUGAGAAGACUUGGAAAGUUUGCUUCCUUAUUGGACCUGCACAAAUUUUGUUUGGACCGGAGUUCAGAAGGGCAUGAAAGAUGGCUGCCAAUUACAUUGCUUACCCUAGACGGUGCAGUGCAGCUCUUACCAGGAGAUGAAUUAUACCAUGAAGACAAAGAAUUUUUAGAAAAGAAUUUAUCAAUCAACAAAAAGACUGAAGAAAUUAUGGGAAAAAACAGAACAUUUCACAGAAUAGUGUUCACAGCCGUUAUCUUUAUAGUAUCCAUGUGACAAUUCAGCCAAAAUAUAAACAUAUAUAUCCAGAGAACUUCUUAGGAUUUAAGAGCCAUUUAUAGUUUGCUUCUUGUUUAAAAUUGUAUUGUGAGAAGUAGAAAGUUUAGGGGCCGCUACGUGGCGUGUUGGAAAGAGCACUGGGCCUAGAGUCAGGAGGACCUGAGUUCAAAUCUGGUCUCAAGACACAUAACACUCACUAGCUGUGUGACUCUGGGCAAGUCACUUAACCCCAAUUGCCUCAAACGGAAAAAAAAAACAAAUAGAAAGUUUGUAUUGAUGAAAAAUGAGUGUUAGCAACCUCACAAGCUUAAGAAACUAAAACCCAGGAACAGUGAAUCACCAUCUUUCUGCAAGUUUAGCUUUUAGGUACUUUUGUUUAUUUCCUUCUGCAAACUCUAUAGUGUGCCAUAACUUUGAUUAAUAUUAUCUGUCUAACAAGUUUCUUAUAUCAGUAUGUCAAGGAUGAUUCUCUCCCCAAAGCAGAUUGCAAGGUUUGAGCUGAGGCUGAAUCUCAGAUAAGUCUAGCUUUUUGCCCACAGUCACACAGUUAGGCAAUACAAGAGACAGAACACGAACCCAAAUCCUCCUGACUGCCAAGAUAACCAGAUUAUUAAAAAGAAAAGAAAAGACUUGUCAGGUGUCACCAUUUCUGUAUUCCCACAAAGGUUUAAACCAAAGCAAGUACAGAUCACCCUUGUUUUUCUGAUUGUCCCUUGUGCUAUUAACAUUUUGUUAAGGGUGCUGGGUAAGAAUGUAGCCAUUUUAGGGACACUGAAGCACCUUACCAUGGUCAUGGGCCACUACAAUUUAAUUAAUCUUUUGGCCUGAACCAAUAAAAGGUUGUCAGAUUGGCACAAAGGCCCUGUAUUCACAGAAGUGGAAUAGGAGUGCCAGUCAGUGCUUCAUGUAUUGUUCUUCUUUGUCUUAAGCGUGUCCUCAGCUUAAGACAGUAAAGCUGUUUAAGGCCAAAUGUGAUUUGACUUUUUUUCCCAAUAGUCCUCAAAUUGUGAAAUGUGUUGUAGUUAACAUUCAAAUAUUUUAAAAAGAAAUAUGCAAAUACUUAUAAAUUUUUAUUUUUAAAAUGUUAUUUUAUUUUUUAUUGCAAAAUAAUGAGGUACACUGAGGUAUACUAGGGCUUAUGAGUUCUACAAUGAUUUACUCUGUAAUGAUAACUUUCAGUUGUGCCUUUACAUACAUUUUCCGUUUUAAUUCAUUAAAUUUGUCUGUAUUAAGUUUAUCUGAUGUGAAUAACAUGUCGACAUAGAAUGAUGUUUUUGACAAAAGUUUGUAAUCUGUGGUCAGGACACUGCUCAACACUUUAGUUCCAAAGCUGUCCUGCUUGUCUGAGUCUCCUUCCGAAUUUCUUUCUGUAAAUUAAAAAAAUACUUCAGUGA